AGGUGAUUUAGUCAUAACAACUAAAAUUAAAAUAAGGGUAGAUAUGAACACGAGGAGAAGUUGUAGGUGGUUGAAUAAAAACAAUGUAUGACUUUUUUUUGCCUCACAUGGACAAAAUGGAUAUUCUACGUUUUUGGUAAUGCAUGGUACUUAUCCAGUUAUCCUAUCCAUCUUGACUACUAUAAGAGAAAAGUAGGUUCAUUCCUUAUUAGAAAUAAAAACGUUAACUACUUUUAUCUCCUUUGAUACAUUAUUGUGUUAGGAACAAAUGACAACGAGGCCUAUAUUUGUAUUGUUUGGUUCUUCAAUUGUUCAACAUAGUUAUUAUGAAGGUUGGGGAGCUACUCUUUCUCAUUUGUACUCUCGCAAGGCUGAUAUAGUUUUGCGAGGAUACGCUUCUUGGAAUUCAAGACGUGCUCUACAAAUUUUGGAUAAAGUUUUUCCAAAGGAUGCAAUUGAGCAACCAUCAUUGGUGAUUGUAUAUUUUGGUGGUAAUGAUUGUAUUCGUCCAAAUCCAAGUGGCCUUGGUCCUCAUGUACCAUUGGAGGAAUACAUAGAAAAUAUGAGAAAAAUUGCUAUCCAUAUAAGGAGCCUAUCAGAGAAGACUCGGAUUAUAUUUCUCAGUAAUCCUCCCAUCGAUGAAGCACAACUCAAGUAUAACAUUGAUGAAUUUGGGAAACCGUUAAGGACAAAUGAAAUAUGUGGAAUAUAUUCAAAAGCAUGUUUGGAAUUGUGUCGCGAGAUGAAAAUCGAGGCUAUUGAUGUGUGGUCUGCAAUUCAAAAAAAAGAAAACUGGAGAAACGUUUGCUUCAUUGAUGGAGUUCAUCUAUCAACUGAGGGGAGUGAAAUAUUGACAAAAGAGAUAUUGAAGGUCAUCAAAGAAGCAGAAUGGGAACCAAGUUUAUACUGGAAACUAAUGCCAGUUGAAUUUGGAGAAGAUUCACCAUAUGAUCCAGUUCUUCCUGAUGGAAUCUCAACUUUUAAUGUCUCCAACAUACCUUUUCCUGAAAAUGUAGUGUGGGACUAACAGAAUAAAAUGCUGUUAUAUGGUAGUCUUGAAUCAUGCAUGUUCUGGAAGGAGAUUAAUUAUGUAGUAGUUAAUUUAAUAAUUUAGAAGUAGAAUUCAUAUUGUUAUUUGAGCAUUUAUUAUAUUUAAGUUGUUUAGAUUGAGUUUUAUAGUCUUAAACCGAUUUAGGAUAUUAUUAUCCAUUAAUAUAUGUAGUUUUUGAGACAUUGGAGCUUAAUCAAUGAAAAUCUUUUUAUCUUGUAGUAG